AUGUCUUACACCACCUCCCGAACUACAGUCAUAAUCACUACUGUCGUUUUUAUUUGUGCGUUCAUUCCUGCAUUCUCCGUUGAAGAUGCUGAAGCAAAAUCACUAUGGGAUACAUGUCUUCUUAAAAUCAGUCCAAAAUGUGCGUUGGAUGUAAUUGGUGUUGUCUUUGAAAAUGGGACCAUCACUGAUGCAUGUUGCCAUGAUCUUUUCCAAGAAGGAAAAAUGUGUCACGAUACUCUUAUCAAAUAUAUUGCUGAUAGGCCGCUUUUAGUCUCCCACGAAACACAGUAUUUGAAGAAAAGCGAUGAUUUAUGGAUUCAUUGUGUCUCAAUCUCUCAAACUGCUUAA